CGCUAAAUUGGGGCUUGCUAGCCCUUAAUUUUUUUUCGUGAUUGCAGGACAGGUGGGGACGUGCUGCCUCAUCAUGUGACUUGGAGAGGCCCGUCCCCGCCUAGCGCCAAGCCCUCGUUGAUUGGUCAAUGCCAAAGAGGUUCUCAGGAAAAGGGAGGAUUGCCUCUCUCUCUACUGCCCAGCUCGCCCAAUACCUAUCAUCUUCGCCGAGUUCUUCAAUCUCGACUUUCUAAUAUCUUCGUCCUUGCCGCCAUGGCACCUACCAAGGAACCCCCAGCUUCAACGCCAUCAAAGCCAUCAUCGCUGGCAUUUUCGCUCCCGUUCUUAUACCGCGUCUUCUUCCUCUUCAUCGAACCAGUCUCGGUCCUCGUCGGCGCCUAUUACUCCCACUUUAAUCAACAUGAAUACCUGAAGCUCACCCACGCGGCAUCUGCGCCUUCUCUGAUCCCGCUCGGGACCACCAUCGCCAUGUCGCAGCUCGCCAACAUGUACCUCUUCUUUGCACUCAACGAGGCUCUUGUUUUGAGAUGUACCGCCGACAUCCGGGUAUGGAAGGCGGUCCUCUUCUGCCUCCUUGUUGGAGACUUUGGCCACCUCUACACGGUUCGCCAUUUGGGUCCCGAAAUAUACUGGAGUGUCACCAAAUGGAACGCGAUCGACUGGGGGAACAUCCCUUUCGUCUAUCUUGGCGCAACCAUGAGGCUCGCUUUCCUGGCUGAUGUCGGUCUCGGAGUAAAACGCCGGAAGCUGACAAAGAAGAGAACAGCUUGAGUUGCAAC